AUGUUGAGUCGGCUAUUCGGGAAACCCAAGCCGGAGACGAACACUCUCCAAACAUUAGACAAGCUCAAUGAGACUCUUGAGAUGCUAGAGAAGAAGGAAAAUGUUCUUCUUAAGAAAGCUGCUGGAGAGGUUGAGAGAGCAAAGGAAUUCUCCAAGCUCAAGAACAAACGCGCGGCUAUACAAUGUUUGAAAAGGAAGAGAUUGUACGAGCAACAAGUUGAGCAGCUUGGGAAUUUCCAGCUCCGUAUUCACGAUCAAAUGAUUAUGUUGGAAGGUGCCAAAGCAACAACAGAGACUGUAGAUGCGUUGAGGACUGGUGCUUCUGCAAUGAAAGCUAUGCAGAAAGCAACGAACAUUGACGAUGUUGACAAGACAAUGGAUGAGAUCAAUGAGCAAACUGAUAACAUGAAACAGAUCCAGGAAGCAUUGUCGGCUCCAUUCGGGUCUGCUGCUGAUUUCGAUGAGGAUGAAUUGGAAGCAGAGCUUGAAGAACUAGAAGGCGCAGAGCUAGAAGAGCAACUUCUUCAGCCGAUAAGACCGGCUCCAAACGCACCUAUUGGAAAGCAAACUGCUCGUCCUGUGCCUCAGAAGCAACAAACCGCUGAUGAAGAUGAGCUCGCUGCAUUACAGGCUGAGAUGGCUCUCUAA